AUGGUAGACACUGCAAUAUUUAAUCUUUCAAUGAAGUCAUUGAUAAAGAUUGAUGACGAAGAAAAAUUUGAUAUGCAUGACCAUUUACGAGAUAUGGGGCGGACCAUUGCUGAAAUGGAAAAAGAAGGUACCCGACUAUGGGAGCCUAAGCAUUUAAGCAUCCUAUACUACAACAACAAUUUCUCUCAUCUUCAAAUCAAUGUAAGCAGUCCACAAAGGCUUGAAUUUCUUUACAGUCUUGAUCUUCGAUAUCUUCAUUUGCAGGAUGUGCACAUUGAAGGCAUGGCAAAAGACACACUAGCCAUGCUUCCUCAAAGUUUGCUACAACACUUGGAUUUGGGAGGUUGUAGGGGAUUAAAUAUCCUUCCUGAUAGCCUUGGCAAUCUGUCACAAUUGCAGCACUUGGAUUUGGGAGGUUGCAGGGGAUUAAAUAUCCUGCCUUAUAGCCUUGGCAAUCUGUCACAGUUGCAACACUUGGAUUUAGGAGGUUGUAGAGGAUUAAAUACCCUCCCUGAUAUCCUUGGCAAUCUGUCACAGCUACAGCACUUAGACUUGUCAUUUUGUCAAAGGUUAAACAUCCUUCCUGAUACCAUCGGCAACCUAUCACAGUUGCGAUACUUGAACUUACUUGGGAGUGGAAUUGACCAUCGUCCUGAUAGAAUUGGCAGGCUAUCGUAUUACAUUUUAUCGGGUGUUUAUGCGCUUCCAGACUGUUGA